AUGAGCUGGAAGACCAGGAGAACGAGAGCCGGCCGGCGGGCCGCCACAGGUCCAAAAACGAUGCCGACGGGCGAGCACAGCUCCCUCCUCGCCGCCAAGCGCAACGUCAGCGGCGUGAGCUCCGUCUCCUUUGACGUCGUCGGACCCUCCUCGGCCGGCUCCGACUCGGCGCCCCGCCGACCCUCGCGCCGCAGGCGAAAGUCGACCGGUUUCCCGGGCUUCACCGCCCGCAAGGCCCGUCCCAAGAGCAACUCCUCGCUGCAGGAUGCGCUGGGCGGGCUCUGGAAGAUGAAGUGGUGGCGUUCCAGACACGGCAAGGAGCCGGAGGACCCCGAGGCCGCCGUCGUGGCUGUCGAGUCGCCGCGCCUCGGGGCCAACGCGAGCGCACGCGAGAGCACAGGGAGCAUCAUUCCGUGGCCGGCGUAUCGGGAUAGCCCAGAUCCGCCCGCGAGCCCGACGCCUGCGCCGCGAGACCGUGAGGCGAGAAGCGGCGGGCGGGGGAAGCAGAGGCAAGAAGAUGAUGAUGAGUCGCCUGUAUAG